AUAUUUGACCAGGAAGAAAGCAGAGCGGGUAGGAUAACGUCAGACCUCAGAGGGAAUAAGAGCUAUUAUACUCGGCGACGUAUUUACUGAAGUUAUGACUUUAAUAUGGCUGAUAAGGGUCCGUUUUUAACGUCAUGUAUUAUUUUCUACUUGUCGAUCGGGGCCGCGAUUUUCCAAAUUCUCGAGGAGCCAAACUGGAUAUCAGCCAAGGAGGAAUAUAUCCUACAGAAGGAAAAGGUCUUAAAGAAAUAUACCUGCUUAACUAAAGAAAGUCUGGAUGAGAUUAUACAGAUAGUGUCAGAGGCUGCGGGCCAAGGUGUGACCAUCACUGGGGAAAAACACCUUAACACGUGGGACUGGGGCAACUCUGUCAUCUUUGCUGCAACUAUUGUCACCACUAUAGGUUAUGGUAAUGUUGCUCCCAAGACUAAAGGUGGCCGUGUGUUCUGCAUCCUAUACGGUCUGUGUGGGAUCCCCCUGUGUCUGGUAUGGAUAAGCACGCUUGGUUCAUUCUUUGGAGACCGGGCCAAACGUCUGUCUCAGGUUAUGAUCCGUAAAGGUGUUUCAGUGAAAAAGGUCCAGCUAACCUGUACAGCCUUAUUCCUGUUAUGGGGGCUGAUCGUGCACCUGUUGAUCCCUCCAUUAGUUUUCAUGUCUCUGGAGGGAUGGAGCUACCUGGAAGGCCUCUACUUCUCUUUCAUUACACUCACAACAGUUGGGUUUGGAGAUUAUGUGGCAGGUGUAAAUCCAAACAUGGAAUACCCCAGACUCUACAGAGUGUUUGCAGAGUUGUGGAUCUACAUGGGCCUGGCCUGGCUGUCUCUGUUCUUCAGCUGGAACGUCCACAUGGUAGUAGAAGCUCACAAGGUGCUGAAGAAAAGAAGACACAGGCACAGACGCUUCUACAAUGAGGAACACCAGCCUGUAGACGAGAAGCUGACCCCAGAAAUAAGGCCGACGGUUAUCGACAUUUUCAACUUCCUAUCAGACAAGGACGACGACUACAGCACUGUCAUCAAGGAGAUCGGAACCACAGCAAGCAACAGAAAACCCACAGAAAACAUAAAUCGCUCAAAGAGCUGCAGCGACAUCUUGGCCACUAACAUCAAGACACUGGAGCACUCGCCAAAGCACAGACGCAUGAUCAGCAUCAGCGAAGUGUUUGUGAACGCAGAGCCUGUUGUGCACAAAGGUGAACACAAGAUGCAUCCUCUAAUCAAAGAAUGUAGCAAAGAUACUGAACCUGCAGAAUGUUUGAAGAUAGACAAUGAAGAGAACAAGGACAGACCUGCAUCUGAUUCAGAGACUACUGGCAUCAUCUUCAGUGUACCUACCAAAGAUGGGGAGGAGCAGGAGGAGCAGGAGGUGCAGGAGGAGCAAGCUGAGGACAAGCAGGAGGAGGUGCACAAGGAGGAGCAGAGGGAAAGUGUACCACAUCCUGAUGGUGGUGGAACUAGGUUUACAAUAUCUAAGGUUGUAGAGGAAGAUUUGUUAAUGGAUAAAGAUGAAAAAGGAUAAAAAAAAAAAUCUAAAAUGUCCAAUACCUUUCCCCAAACUGUGGAAAUAGUCAGGCUGUGUUGUGUCAAGGAGUUCUAGAUGAAAAUAUUAUAAUAAAACUGUUAUGUAUCAAAAAUCAAAAA